UAAUAGUUACACGCGCUGCUGUGGAUUACGUUACCCCCAUCUGUCAUCGGGUCAUGUGCAGGGCUGACUAGAAUGGGUGCGUCGUUGACUCUCUGAUACGAAUUUGUUCCGUGAGAUUUGGAAUGGCGUAUAGUGAUGAUGAAAACACACCCUUAGUGAGGAAUGCCCCAGGAAUUGUGGGUAAUGGCAACAUCAACACAAGAGACACAUCCAGUUAUGAGGAGCUGUUUAAGGACAGUGAGCCAUGUCCCACGUGCCGAGGUCUGGGACGGGUCACUAAAGAACAAAAGGGCGAGCUUGUGGCAUUAAUUCCUCUCAAGGAUAAAAGACUGAAGCCAAGACGAACGGUGCAGUAUGUGGUGCUGGCCAUUGUGCUGUGUGCCAUCGUCGCAGCACUCAUCCUGUUCUUCCUGUACCCACGAGACGUGAACGUCGGCAGCAACCGACCUCUCCUCAACCCAAUCAGUUUGUAUGUGGAUCAGAAGAAGGUUUUUGCCAAUCUCACGAUAGUGAACUCCUACAACUUCACCAACAACAACUACUUCCCCGUCGAGGUGACAGGGGCUCAGAUGGUUUCACUGUACGACAACAAACAGAUCACCGUGGCCCAAAACAAAACCAGUGUCGACCUCCCCACACGUGGAACAGGAAGAUACGAUAUUGUUAUGAAUUUGAUAUUUGAGAAGGAAAAUGAUUGGGAUUUCCUGGUGCGUUUCUGUGAAGAUGCAAGGCCAUGGGUGCACAAUCUCCCAAUAACGUUUGAAUUAACAGCUAACUAUAGUUAUCUUGGCCACAUCGAGCAGACGACACUGACCACUUUCCAACCCGUCUCCUGCUCUAACGCCACCGAGGUGUGAUCCAGGCAGUAGCGAGCCUCCAGGUGAAGUCGGCCAAUACACGGCUGGUGAAUCCAGAGCUACCGAACACAAGUCACCUGGGCCCAUGAACAAAUGAAUGAAGCUCAAGUGUUGGCAGACAAGAGGCACCAUGCUGCUUCGUCAGGUUUUUGUUGCUGACUCAGAGAGACUGUAGAAUCUGUAAGGUCAUCUCAGCUUUUUAACCGUCAGCCUGUGAGAGGUGUUACACUUUCGUUUUUAAUAACGCCGUCUGCUACAUCCAGUAAGAUAUUGUCGCAUAUUUCUUAUAGGCUCAACAACCCAAGAUUUCUUGAAUCAGGAGAAGAAGUAUAAUUUGGUCUUUUUUCGUACAGUCAAAUGUAUGGCAUCAUUCAGAUAUCAGCAUGGAAAUACAGGAAGGGAGGUAACUCUAUAUGUAACAAUGUAUGACGUCAUUGAGAUAUCAACAUGGACAUACAGGAAGGGAGGUAACUCUAAAUCUAACAAGUAUCCCACACAAAACUUUCUCUGUAAUGUCCAUCUUCAAUUAAAAUGAUGUCAUUUCUAGA